GAGUUUUAAAUCUAGUAAUAACAGAUGUUUUUGUAUCAAUUUUUUCCAUUUGUCAAAUUUUUAAGCCGGAACCAGAAUAUACAUUAUUGUUAAAGUCAUGCUCUGCAAAAAACAAUUUUUAUUUAAGUCUACACACGUAGUGUACGAUGAGUUGGCUGUCAACCACUUUUAGAUAUAUUUGUAUUCUUACACUUUUGCUCGCGAUAUGGGCAUCAGUGCAUCCGCGAUGGGAGCAAAUGGCCCACAAGGUGGCCAGGAACAUGAACUUCACCGAUGGGCGAAGGAUCCAGAGUGCCUGGCAGGAGGUGCAGACCGUGGAAAAGGAGGUACACAGCUAUUACUCGCAAGUUGGCGAACAAGAAAAGUCGGCUGCUCACGGCGUAAUGGAUAGUGCCUACAUGGAGACGGUAGACUGCAUCAAAAGAUUCUACGAGGGUGAACAGGAGGAGAGGUUUAGGGAUUGCACGCAUGUAAUCGAUCUGCACCUGGGCAGAUUGCAGGCCCACAACAAAAUUGGAGAGAGGGAGUCGGCAAGCGGAGCAAGUAGACUUAAAAUCUGGCUAUGAUACGAUAUGGGAGCCUUGGCCCGGUCCAUGGCAGGCGUCAAGUCUGCUUUCUUUGUGCCCUCUACCCUCUGUUGUACUUUAAUUAGACAGUCAACUCGAG